AUGGGUUUCGUUCGCUGCAAAUCAUCAGAUCCAUGGCAAUUAGAAGCCGAAACAUCUGGCAAUGCAUUCGAACACGUCGGCGAUGACAAUGAAUCGGGAAUCCGCGAAGCGUGGGCUGAGAUCUCCGUCUCGACCCGGAGGUCAUUUGGCUCCGGCGACGGGAGCUGGAAGAAGCUGGAGAGGAAGAAGAGCCAAGUGUUGCUGGAGGGUUACGUGGAGACUCUUGCCACGAUGGAUAAUCGAGACGAUCUGACGAGAUCCAAGAGUUUGACCGAUGACGAUUUGGAAGAUCUCAAGGGUUGUUUAGAUCUCGGAUUUGGUUUCAGCUACGACGAGAUUCCCGAGCUCUGCAACACUUUACCUGCUCUAGAGCUCUGCUAUUCCAUGAGCCAGAAGUUCUUAGACGACAAGCAGAACAGCAGCAGAUCGUCACCGGAAGGUUCGCCGGUAGAAGAUUCUCCGUUGCUUUCGCCGGCGACGGCCACUCCGAUUGCCAAUUGGAAGAUCUCUAGCCCUGGUGAUAAUCCGGAUGAUGUGAAAGCUAGGCUCAAAUACUGGGCACAAGCCGUUGCCUGUACAGUCCAGUUGUGCAGCUGA